AUUAAAAAUAAGGGUUUACAUAAAUUCCGGCCCACUCUUUUCUCAAAGCAUACAAAACCCUCCAUUUCUUUCGUCUCGCAAAGCUCUUGGUCUCUCUCUGCAAAUAUGGCGACCAAAGGACCUGCACUCUUCUCCGAAAUUGGCAAGAAGGCCAAAGACUUGCUCAACAAGGAUUAUGGUUGCGACCAGAAGUUCACCAUCACCACUGAAUCUGACACGGGAGUGGUCCUUAGUUCAACGGUGGCCAAGAAGGGAGGUCUCUCUGCUGGUGAUGUGGCAGCACUAUACAAACACAAGAAUGCUGUAGUUGAUGUCAAAGUUGAUACAGAGUCAAAUGUCUGGACAACCUUCACUGUCACAGAUAUCUUGCCAUCCACAAAAACUGUUGCUUCAUUAAAACUACCUGAUUACAAAUCUGGCAAGUUGGAGGUUCAGUAUCUCCAUGAACAUGCAACUUUCAGUACAGCUGUUGGUCUGAACCAAUCCCCUGCUUUUGACUUUUCGGCAACCAUUGGUACCCCCAGCAUUGCCUUUGGAGCAGAAGCUAGUUACUUCACAGCUUCUCGCAACUUUGCUAAGUAUAAUGCUGGUGUGAGUUUGACAAAGCCAGAUUCCAGUGCUUCAGUGAUUUUGGCUGACAAAGGAGACUCACUAAGGGCUUCGUACUUGCACCAUCUAAGUCGGCUAAACGGAGGGGCUGUCGUGGGAGAGGUGAGUAGAAGGUUCUCCACAAAUGAAAACACUUUAACAGUUGGAUGUUCGUAUGUGGUUGAUCCUCACACAGUUGUGAAGGCAAACCUCAACAACCACGGGAAUCUUGCGGCUCUUUUACAGCAUAAGCUUAUACCCAAUUCCUUACUGACAAUUUCUGGAGCCUUUGACACCAAGGCCUUAGAGAAGAAUCCCAAGUUUGGGUUGUCACUCUCUCUGAAGCCUUGAAAACUGGUAUAUUUAUUUGAGAUAGGGAUAAUGCAAUUUGAUUUAUUUCAGACGGCCUAGUUUUUUUCUCAUGUUUCAGAAUGAGAAUGUUCAAACUGCUAGUUUUAUAGUUUUCUUCA